AGGGAGCUCAGCGCCGUGGCCUUGUGCUGGAGGAGGGGACCCAGGGAAUGCUGUGCCUUGGGGCUGAUCCAGAGCUGUGCUGCCUUGUCCUUCUCCUUCCCAGGGCGGAUCUGCUUGGCAGCACCGUUUCUCCUCAGAUGGGCGAUGGCUUGUGAUGGUGCUCCUUGUUAAGCGUUGCAGUAAUGACCUGGGACCCCAAAUUUCCCACUUCAGCUGUAUUUUUUCGCCCCCAAACCUCACAGGUAUGGUCCAUCUACAGUGAUUCAUGCCUGGUGUGUCCUUGCCCCAAAGCAUGGGAGGUUUUUUGCUGACAGCUCUGCUCAAAAAUGUUAUCUCCUGCCAUCGGGAUCCUAUGUGCUGGUAAAAAAGGACUUUGGCCUUUAUUUAAUAAACAGCGUUGUAUAGCAGGCCUUUUAAUUGCUGUGAGGGCUAUGGGGGCUGUCAGGAUUAUGUGAUCCUCCUGGGUCUUCUGGGUUUCUUUAAAAAAGGAAAUUUCAGUCCCUUUGUUACCCAUCAGAAGGGUGUUUUUGUUUCAGAUACUUACAGAGAAGGUCGUGGUCUCCUGUGCCUUUAUAAGGGAAGAGUUUCAUUUUACCUGAUCCCAACUUCGAUGGCUUGCACAAAAUGAGCUCUCCAAGAGAGUUUUAAAGUGGUUUUAAAGUGAAAUGUGGAUGCUGGAAGAAAGGGUCACUUUCCUGAAAUGAUCUGGUCUUGCUGGAUGAGAAACUGAAAAGUAAGGAGCAGAAAGGGAAGCAAAUGCUUCAUGGAUUUACAUUUCAGAGCCAGUUCCCUUAAUUUAUUUUUUUUUUCUAGGGGAUCUUAGAUAGAGGGAGUUUGAAUCCUCUUUCUUAACCAUUUGGAAGCACAGUGUUUGCUGUAUGAGGAAAUGCACAUUUGGCAGUCUGUGUUUACUGGUUUUCCUUCUCUCAGCUUUGCCUUGUUCCUUCAGUGGAUCCAUUGGUCCUGAGUGACUUUAGACAUUUUUCUUGUUGAAAAUGAAAAUCCUGUGCUGUUUGCAGUCCCUGGUUGUGCCUGGGAAGGUCACAGAUUGGUGUCGUGUGGUAGCAGUGAUGGGUAGAAGCCAUUUUUUCAGAAGGAUAAAUAUUUUAAAGAAAACAUAACUUUCUUUAGUGUCUUUUAGCACAAAAUGGCAAGGGGAAGAAGUUGGAGGACUCUUGGUCUUGGGAAAGAGGAUGAUCUGUGGGAACCUUUAGUCUUAUGAGAAGGAAACUUGGCAUGUUAUGAUGUCACACGAGCACAGACUGAUGUCCAGGGCUAGGCUGUCCAGGCAUGGCAGGACAAGGACCUCAAGGAAGUAAUUUUCUAGGGGUCUGCAUGCAUUUAACAACUGUGCCUGCUUUCAAAUCCCACAUUUCCUCCCAGCCCAGCAUGGAGUAUAAUUUCAGGGAUGCCCUGAGCCGUCCAACCAUGGCUGCUGUUUCUUCCCAAGCUCCAGUUUCCUUCCAGCCUGGAUCUAUAGAGUUCUGAUCUCAACCACCAGAGCAGAUCCCUGAGCAUCCUGCCCCUGACAGGACAGCUUUUCCUUGGAAGUUUUAUUUUCCAGACUAGGUGCUCCGAUGUGGCUGCUUUGGGGUGAGCAUCGUGCCUCUGGUGGGACCACUGUCCUUCCUCGUGGUGGCCAGGCUGGUGACCUGUCCCAGGGGGAAGACAUGAGGUGCAGAAGCCAGGUGCAUUUCCAGGACUUCUUUGGGGCAGUUUGUUGUUCCUCACUAGGUUGACAGUGGCUCUGAGGAACCUGUUGUGCUGCUGUGUGAUGAUCUCUGUGUGCUCCACCUGGCACCAUCUAUGUAAUCCACCAUCUCUGGAGGGAGCAGUUCACAUUUCCCACAGGCAGAGGGAUUUCCCAAGCCCUCAGCACUUCAGCUGAGGUCUUUGCAGUGCUGAAAGUCCCUUUUCUGCACCCGAAGGCUUGUUGCUUCCUGCAGUCCUGAGCCAGGGCGUGUGGACAUGGGCACAUCAGCCGGGGGAGAUGGGGAGCUGUGGGUCCCCAUAACCUCACGUAGCAGUCUUCUGAAAAGGAAAACAAUUUAAAAUAUUCCCCUCAAACAUGUUUUGAGCUGUCACCAAACUUCCUUUUCCUCCUCUGCCCCCGCCAACAGGUGGUUUGUUCUCUCUGGAGUUACAGAGCCACGGUGAGGCCUUUUCCUCAGCUCCCUGCAGUCCACGGGGUGAGGCUGGCAGGACACACCAUCACUGUGGCAGUUCAUUAAAACUCAACUUCCUGGCUUUUCACGAUGAUCUAGCAAAUGUAUCACCAACGAGCCAGUGCACAGCCUGUUCCUGGCUCAUCCCUGUGCCAGGACCUUUCCUGUGACAGCAGAGCAGCUGCUCCAUGGUUUUGUCAAACAAGGCUCUUCGCUUGCCUUCAAGGCCAGCGCAGGAUUUGGGAUGCCCUCGUGGCUCAGACAUUCCCAGCAGCACAGUGGUGCCCAGGGAUAUCUGGCACCCCACAUGGCAAAGCAGGUGGUUUCUCCACUGCUGUCAGGGGCAAGCAGGUUCCCUGGGAACUGCAGGGAGCAGAUAAGGUAUCAGUAAAUCCCGUUGCUUCCAAGCAGCCAGUCCAAAAAUCAGCGAGUCAAAGGGCGAUGCUGAACAUGACCCUGGAGUGGUGACGCAGCCCCUGCUCAGCACCAGCUGGAAUGUUAACCCUUGGACUGGGGGGGCACGAGAGAAAAGGGGAUGAAAGAGGAAAACUGAAACUCCCGAGUUGGGAUGGAAAACGUCAGAGGUGAUCCCAGCCUUGAAUUCCCAAACAAAGCGCAUGGAUGCUGGAGGGAGAAAGGGGAAUGGCCAGUUGGAGCUUUCCUCUCCCUUGCCACCACAUCCGAGGGAUGGGCUGGGUCCUGUAAGAUUUGGGAGGAGCAAACUGUCAAAACCCUUUGGAUAAGGCAUGCUUUAGCAGCUGGUGAAUUUAUCCAGACCUGUCUGGGACUUGAGGGGAAAACAGAUGGAAAAAGCUUGGGUUUAACAAAUUUAAUAAAUAAAAAUAUAUUAUUUUACACUUAAAAUACAAUCCUGCUCUCAAGUUCUUCUUCUGGCAGAGUUUGGAAACCCUGAGGAACAAUCUUUUGUGAGGGUUAGGAGUCAUGGCCAGACUGGGAAGCAGCCCUCAUUCCACAGGCUGUGGAAUUCCAUCCAGCGGUGAUGAAGCAAAGAGGAGGAAAAGAGUCCUGUUCCCGAAUUCCUCAUGCACCAGAGCUGAUCAGUGCAAUCCCAGGAAGGUUAUUUUAGAGAGGCUGUGCUUGACUCACGGGGUCAUACAGCAACAAUUUCCAAGCUCAACUUUUCAGCUUGGAGCGGGUCUGGAGCUGGGAGACGUUCCUCUGGCCGCUGGAGCAGAUUCCAUCGACAUACCAGAAACAGCAAACUACUUGCUGGGCGUGGGUCGAGCUGACUGCACGGGACCAGUGGCACAAGUUCCCCUGAUGGGCUAUGCCAACCCGGAGCAGGCGGCUGGUGGGCUCCUCACACGCCUCUACAGCCGAGCCUUCAUCGUGGCAGACCCCGACGGCUCCCGGCGCGUGGUGUUCGUCAGCGCUGACAUAGGGAUGGUGUCCCAGAGAGUGAGGCUGGAGGUGCUCGAGAGACUGAAGAGCAAGUACGGUGACCUGUACCGGCAGGACAACGUCAUCCUCAGCGGCACCCACACGCACUCGGGGCCAGCGGGGUACUUCCAGUACACCCUCUUCUGGAUCACGAGCAAAGGGCUCGUCAGACCAGCCCUCAACUCCAUCGUGAACGGCAUCGUGAAGAGCAUAGACAUAGCACAUGAGAACAUGAAGAGAGGAAGGCUGUUUAUAAACAGAGGCACUGUAGAAAACAGCCAGAUCAACCGAAGCCCUUUCUCCUAUCUCGCCAAUCCAGCAUCGGAGCGAAGCAGGUAUUCAUCCAACACAGAUAAAGAAAUGGUGAUUCUGAAGAUGGUAGACGAGGAUGGACAAGAGCUAGGCCUUAUCAGCUGGUUUGCUGUGCACCCUGUCAGCAUGAACAACACAAACCACCUGGUGAACAGCGACAACGUGGGCUACGCGUCCUACCUGUUCGAGCAGGACAAGAACAAGGGAAUGCUCCCUGGAGAGGGCUCCUUCGUUGCCGCCUUCACCUCCUCCAACCUGGGAGACGUGUCGCCCAACACCCGCGGCCCGACCUGCGCCAACACGGGCGAGUCGUGCGACAACCCCCAGAGCUCCUGCCCCGUCGGAGGGGCAGCCAUGUGCAUGGCCCAUGGUCCCGGGAAUGACAUGUUUGAGAGUACAAGGAUUAUAGGGCAAAAUAUCUACUCAAGAGCAAGGGAGCUGUAUGAAACGGCUUCCCAGGAGGUCACGGGGCCCCUGAGCUCAGCCCACCAGUGGGUGAACAUGAGUGACGUGUCGGUGGAGCUCAACGCCACGCACACGGUUAGAACAUGUAAGCCAGCCCUAGGACACAGCUUUGCUGCGGGGACCAUCGACGGCGUGGGUGCUUUCAACUUCACCCAAGGUGCAGUAGAAGGUGACCCGUUCUGGGAUCAAAUCCGGGACCAGCUGCUGGGAGAGCCAUCAAAUGAAACAAAAGCCUGCCACAAACCCAAGCCAAUCCUCUUCAGCACAGGAGAGAUGACUUGGCCCCACCCGUGGCACCCGGACGUGGUGGACGUGCAGAUCGCUGCCAUCGGGUCGCUGGCCAUCAUCGCUGUCCCGGGAGAGUUCACGACCAUGUCUGGCCGCAGGCUGCGGGAAGCUGUUACCAGUGAAUUUGAUUCCCAUGGGACACCAGGGAUGAAUGUGGUAAUUGCAGGUCUGUGCAAUGUCUACACCCACUACAUUGCCACCUAUGAAGAGUACCAGGUUCAACGAUAUGAGGCUGCAUCGACUAUUUAUGGGCCACACACCCUCUCUGCCUACAUCCAGCUCUACAGAGGACUUGCAAGGGCUAUUGCCACGAACACCACUCAGGACUUGCCCCGUGGUCCAGAGCCCCCAUUUUUCAACAUAGGCAACCUGACCUUGCUGCCCUCCCUCGGUGUCGAACGCGCACCGACCAACAAGACAUUUGGGGAUGUGCUACAGGAAGUGAGGCAGCAGUACAGAGUGGGAGAAGUUGCUGAAGUGACUUUUGUGGGAGCAAACCCCCGGAACUCCGCGGAGAACGCGACUGAACACAACUUCCUGACGGUGGAGAGGCACACCAGCACUUCAGGCACCUGGCAAGUGGUGCAGAACGACGCCUCCUGGGACACCAGGUUUUACUGGACCAGAGGCUCCCUGAGUCAGAGCAAUGUGACCAUCGAGUGGCACAUCCCUGCUGGCACAGAGCCGGGGACGUACCGGAUCCGCUACUUCGGGCACUACAAGAGGAGAGUGUUCCUCACCCGCAUCAUCACCGUUCCCUUUGAAGGCUCCUCCUCGGCCUUUGAAAUCACAGUUUCAUAGCUGAUCUCAGGCAUUAAAGGAAUUGUUUCCCUUGAGCAGUAGGUUUGAUAUCUGGGGGGUUCUGUGCAGGGCCAGGAGUUGGACUUGGAUGGUCCUCGUGGGUCCCUUCAGGCUCAGGAUAUUCUGUGAUUCUGUGAUGUUCUGGAAGGGUUUUUCUGUGGCACCCCUGGCUCUGUACAUCAUUGCUGUCCCUCCAGUGCUGCUGGUCAUCCUCUGCUUCGCAAAGCUCAGCUUCCUGCAAAGUUUUGGCUUUCAGCUGCAGUUCAGUCUCCUCAUGUGUUCUCAUUCAAGCGGUUCCUGUCCUGGCCAGAUCUCAUUGCAGUUGAUUCUUAUUGUAAUAAAAGAUGUAACUUUUUCUUCAGUCAUUAAACAA